UGGAGCGGCGACGAGGCAGGAAGGAAAGAAAGAGUCGCCUCGUUGCCUCUUGACAGUCACAUGACGGAGGGUUAAAGGGGACGCGGUCGUAGUUGAAGGCAGGAGUCUGGACGAUUCAUUUGACCAUAAGUGUUUAAUAACAUGGCUGACGAUCUGAAAAGAUUUCUGUACAAAAAGCUGCCAAGUGUUGAAGGACUUCAUGCUAUUGUCGUGUCAGAUAGAGAUGGUGUGCCUGUUAUCAAAGUUGCCAACGACAAUGCUCCAGAGCAUGCUCUUCGGCCUGGUUUUUUGUCAACUUUUGCGCUUGCAACAGAUCAGGGCAGCAAACUAGGCCUCUCUAAAAACAAGAGUAUCAUCUGUUAUUACAACACGUAUCAGGUGGUUCAGUUCAAUAGGCUACCUUUGGUAGUCAGUUUCAUUGCUAGCAGCAAUGCCAAUACAGGUUUGAUUGUAAGCUUGGAAAAGGAGCUUGCGCCCUUGUUUGAAGAGUUGUGGCAAGUUGUGGAGGUGUCUUAAUUUAAUCCAUCUACAGAAUGCAACAUCUCAGUACCAGAGAGAAAGAAGUCAGUCCUUUUCAAUGACCUGUCAUGCAAAUGUCACAUCCUCUUGUUUUAAAUUUAAAAAGGAAGACUCUUCAUGGCACUGCACCUGAAAUCACACACUAGUAUAUGAAACGAGAUUGGGAGAGAUGAGUGGUGACUGCCUCUAUUAAACUAUGAGGAUCUUUGAGUGACUCCUGUGGAGUUAACCUCAGGCAUGCAUUGUGUGGAUCGUAUUUCAUGAAAGCUCCAAAGCAGGAAAAAUAUGGUUUGAUUGAAUAAUGCUACCCACAGCUUCCUUACUGUGUGGGGGCCUCUGCCUUCUGCGCUGUCAUUACAUAAAUUGGGAGAAAAACAUUAUUUUAGCAUUAUCUUACAAAGAUAACAUUGAAAGGGGAAUUUUUGCUAGCACUGAUAUGCAAUCGAUAACUGAGUAAAAAAACCUUAUAAAGUUUACUGCUUUUUAACAGAUACUUUCUAGCUCUAAAGCACGUUUUGUGCAUAAAUCAAAGUUCCCAGUAAUUGUUCUCUCUACAUGAUUUCUUUAUAAAAUAAAAUCUGUGUCAUCCUGGUUGUCACUGAUGUCCAAGGACAUGUAAUUGUGGUGCUUUGUUGGCUCAUUUACCCUUGCUUGUUUCUAAAUAAAUUUAAAUAAAAGUAUUUAUAAGAUA